AGAGAGCACAGAAAUUCGCCUUCUUGACAAUCCGUGCAGCGCACGUAAUUGAACGCAGCCUGUUUCUUCCACGACGACGGGUUGACAAUUUUGUUAUAUAAUUUUAUUGAGGUUAGAGUUCUUGGCGGUGUGUCCGUUGUUGGGAUUUUUGUUUGCCGUUCAAAUUGGAAUGGCUGAGCCGAGCACCAGAUAUCAGCAGCUGCCCUAUGUGGACGAGGCUGAAGCGAGCCCGCAGGUCGCUGCAGACGCGCCGCCUCCUUAUAGCAGCGUCACAGAGGACAAUGCUGCCUACUUGGACUACAAAGAGGAUGGAAGUUUCCCCAAGCCGCCGUCCUACAAUGUGGCGACCACACUACCUUCCUAUGACGAGGCGGAGAGGACCAAAGCGGAGGCAGCUGUUCCCUUGGUAACUGCAAGACCUCAGCACAGAGAGCGUUUGGAAACCUUUGAUGAUGUCAUACGCAGUUCACUGGAGGAGGAAGACUUUGUGACCAGAGAUGAUUUUGAAGAUGCUGAUCAGCUGAGGAUAGGAAAUGACGGCAUCUUCAUGCUCACCUUCUUCAUGGCAUUCCUCUUCAACUGGAUCGGUUUCUUCCUGUCCUUCUGUUUGACCACCUCAGCGGCCGGCCGCUACGGGGCCAUCUCUGGCUUUGGCCUCUCCCUCAUCAAAUGGGUCCUCAUCGUCAGGUUCUCCACAUACUUUCCUGGGUACUUUGAUGGACAAUAUUGGCUGUGGUGGGUGUUCCUGGUGCUGGGCUUCUUGCUCUUCCUCCGAGGCUUCAUCAACUACACCCGAAUCCGCAAAAUGGCCGACACCUUCCCCACGCUGCCCCGCACCAGAGUCCUCUUCAUCUACUGAGCUCAGUGGCAUCCUAUUUCCAUAGAAAAAAAAUCCAUCAUUUAUUCCUCAGCUUGAUAUAAAAAGGACAAACAACCUGUUUGCUCUCUUUUGGUGUAAACUAGCAAAUUGUAUUAAAAUAAAUACCUUCACUUGUUUAGUGUUGUAAAAGUGCUGAUCGCAAAUAUAACGUGUAUGCCUUAUUUACUGAUAUGGCUGACAUGCACUGUUUAGCCACCAGAGGACAGUCAAGUCUUUUAAUUCAGGCCAGCUCAUUUGUACAUAAAGGAGAGCUGCUUGUGUAUGUUGGGCUUAGAGGUAAGGGCAGAAAUCAUAUGUUUAACUUGCUGUCAUUUGUUUCGGUCAGUACAUUUGAUUAUGCAGGUAAUGUAAGGGAUAAUAAUAAUGAGCUGGCGUUAUUGUGAAUAAAUAGGUCAAACGCUAGGAAUAAUGUCUAUUGUGUUCGCACUGACAAAAGAAAUUCACUUAACUGUUAAUAAAAACAAGCAAAAGAAUGUAUUUAUCUCAUAAAUGUAGAAAUGUAAUUUAUAAUCACUUGUAUUCUUGUGGCGUUACAACAAUGAUGUUUUUAAACCACAAGAGUGUCCCUGCUUUGGAAAAUUAAAGUCAUAAAAGUAAUUGUUGUAAUUGUUGCACAACCAACAAUUUCUUGUUUUUUUGUAAAUGCAUGCCUCAAAACUGCAGAAUGUGUAAAAAUAAAUAAAUAAAUAAAAAUAAAUAAAUAGAUACCAA